AUGUAUAUAGAAACAGCAUUGACCGGCAGGUAUCAAGUACUGGUCCGUCUCACGAUCUUGUUCCUUCCCUCUGGUCGAGCACUGAGGUCGAUCCUAUUCAUUUGCGAUCAUCAUACGCUAAAUGACGAUGUACAAUUUCUACAUGGCAAACAGCACAACUUAGAGAACAAAAGUGAGCCACGCCAAGAUUCAAGUGUUGUGUCGGCAAGCUUGACGCCCGGGAGCAGUAUAAAAACAGGAGAAUAUACCAGAAUGGUUUCUGAGCACAACCAAGCGUCCCUUGAAGAUCUAGGAAUCGAACUAGUUUAUCAGAAUGCGCUGGAAAACCAGAUUGAAACCAGUGCACAGAGCGCCAUAGAUCAACAAACACUGGACCAGGAGCUUAAAAGAUUAGAGAGAGCCCAAAAUGCUCUGGAUAAAGCUGUCAGAAAACGGGAAUUGCUAAAACGUAAACUCAAUAAUGCGACUAGAAUCAGUGUACGGCAGAAACUGCAAGUCCAACUCCAGGCUUUGUCUACUGAUGAGAUAAGACCUCUGCAAAACGAUGUGAAUGAUAUAAAAAGUCGUGUUGCUUCACUGUCUGCGACGAAGAGCUCGCAAACGGCAUAUGGUGAUCCCACAGCCAGGCAGCCGACAGAAUCCGAGGAAGACUACCAAAUAAGAAUCGGUCAGAAAACGGCAUUUGGAACUAAAUCAGAGUUUCUUCUGGAGAAAAACGUUGAUCUCGACAAUCCUGGUGAGGGUGUCGAGGACGAUGGCACCCACAUGGAAUCUUCCGGAGAGGAUGCUGAGGUCGUCAACUCCGACUCUGACUAUCAUGCGUUCGACGAAGACCACUUGGAAGAAGAAAGCACUCGCAGGAAUACUGGUAUGAUCGACGACGGGGACGAACUGAGCUACCAACGAAGACUGAAACGGUGGAUACGUGAAAGAAGCAGGCGAAGACAUGAUGACCAAAAUCCAGCGACAGAAGAAUACCUCAAGUCCCAUCCCGAACACCAUGAUGCAAAACUUAAUGGAGAUUUCAAGAUACCAGGGGAGAUAUUUGACUUAUUGUUCAAUUACCAGAAGACUUGUGUGCAAUGGUUGUAUGAGUUAUACCAACAAGAGUGCGGUGGCAUAAUCGGUGACGAGAUGGGUUUAGGAAAAACAAUUCAAAUGAUAGCUUUUCUGGCUUCCUUGCAUCAUUCUAAUAAAUUAGAUGGGCCUGUCAUUAUCGUUUGUCCGGCAACAGUACUACGACAGUGGUGCAAGGAGCUUCAUACUUGGUGGCCUGCUUUUAGAACAGUAAUAUUACACUCCAUUGGCUCGGGCAUGACUCAAAAAGACACUCUUACUGAAGAACAGCUCGAAGAACUUGUAAUGAACUCGAAUCCUGAUGAGGUCUCGUUUGAUGCUUACAAGGAGAGGAAGAAAGUUAAAAGCAGUAUAGAAAGUGGGAGGGCUCGCGACGCUCUUAUUGAAAAAGUCGUCACGAAAGGUCAUGUACUUAUAACAACAUAUGUUGGUCUCAGAGUUUAUUCUGAUAAACUUCUUAAUAUCAAAUGGAGCUAUGCAGUGUUGGACGAAGGACAUAAAAUUCGAAAUCCUGAUGCCGACAUUUCACUGACGUGCAAACAAUUGAAGACGAGAAAUAGAAUAAUUCUAUCGGGCACACCGAUUCAAAAUAACUUGACAGAAUUAUGGAGUUUGUUCGAUUUCAUAUAUCCCGGAAGACUUGGAACACUACCGGUCUUCCAGCAGCAAUUCUCUGUUCCGAUCAACAUGGGUGGGUAUGCUAAUGCCACGAACGUUCAGGUACAGACUGGUUAUAAAUGUGCCAUUGCGUUGCGAAACUUGAUUUCACCAUAUCUACUGAGAAGGAUAAAAGCAGACGUCGCAAAAGACCUCCCACAGAAGAACGAGAUGGUUCUUUUUUGCAAGUUAACGAAGUAUCAGCGGGAUAAAUAUGUCCAGUUUCUCAACUCGGAGGAUUUGGUUAAGAUCAGGAAUGGGAAACGGCAAGUUUUGUUUGGCAUUGACAUUUUGAGGAAGAUAUGCAAUCACCCCGACAUGCUGGUAAAGAACGAAAGGCAACACGAACUUUCUUAUGGAGACCCUAGGAGAUCCGGUAAAAUGCAGGUCGUUAAGCAGCUCCUCAAAUUAUGGCAUGGUCAAAAAUAUAAAACACUGCUCUUCGCUCAAACCCGACAGAUGCUUGAUAUACUUGAGAAAUUUCUUUCUAAAGAUGCAGAAUUGGCCGAAUUGAACUAUUUGAGAAUGGAUGGCGCCACAAGUAUAGGCUCUCGACAAGCUCUUGUCUAUUCUUUCAAUAAAGGGCCGUACGAUGUUUUUCUACUUACCACCCGAGUUGGUGGGCUUGGAGUCAAUCUUACUGGUGCUAACAGAAUCAUCAUUUUUGAUCCCGACUGGAAUCCAUCUACGGAUAUGCAAGCUCGUGAGAGGGCUUGGAGAAUUGGCCAAAAACGGGAAGUCUCCAUCUACAGACUAAUGAUUGCAGGCUCAAUCGAGGAAAAGAUAUACCAUCGCCAAAUUUUCAAGCAAUUUCUAACAAAUAAAAUCUUGACGGAUCCCAAACAGAAACGUUUUUUCAAAAUGAACGAGUUGCAAGAUUUGUUCACUUUAGGCGGUGAUUCAGGUCUUUCAAAUGAGACUUUAGAGAACGAAGUCCAGAAAGAAACCGCAAACCUGAAAAACUCAAAGACCGAAGAGGGUGACGAUUUUGAGGAAGUCGUGCAACUUUCUGGAGUUUCCAAGCUAGAGGGCUUUUUCAGCGCAAAGGACAAAGAAGAAGGAAGUAGAAAUGAAGAUGAUCGUCUCAUGGAUGUCCUUUCAGGAGGAAAUGUGGAAGGUGCAAAGAGCCAUGCAUCUGUGGUAGAAUUUCACUCAAGGCCUUCCGAUGAUAUUAUAUCGAAAGAGGCCACACGGAUUGCAGAAGAUGCAGUAGCAGCAUUACGGAAAUCAAGAAAAGUUACAAAGAACUUCGAAGUCGGAACUCCUACAUGGACUGGUAAGUUUGGGACUGCUGGCAGGGUUAAAAAGAAAAAAGCUGUUGGUACUUCACUGGGCUCUGCUGCCAUUUUAUCUAACCUAAGGAAAAAAGAGCAAGUUAAUGAGGAAAACUUCACGGACAAACGACGUGAGGAAGCUGCGAAAACGAUGGAAGGGAUCAGAUCUUUCUUUCUCACUAAGCCUGCCUUUGCUGCUAAGUCUGUUGAAAUCGUGGAACACAUGGGUAUCAAACUAACUGCCAAAGAGGAUAUUAUCAAAAUACGAGCUUUGCUGAAGCAAAUAGCUACAUUUCAACCGACAGACGGCCGGUGGACGCUGAAAGACGACUUGGCGCCAGCAUCGUAG